GAUGUUAACCGAUGGAAGGAACUAGCUAGCAUUUUGGUAGCGCACGCCCACGCUUAGAUCCGUUCUUUCCUCAUCUUCUUCCGAAGUUCCGACAUCCGCUUAUUCCAUUAUUCUCGAUUUCUUGCUUUCUAUGAUGUUUGUAAAAGUAACAAAAAACAAUCACGAGUCUCUUAUGCCUAGAGAAGAGGAAAUUAGCCCCAUGGAUUCCAUAAUAAAAAAUCGAAUGAGUAAGAAGACAAUAUGCCUUCUCCGAUGAUCCGUACGCGAGUUGCCAAUGCCUGCGACGCGUGUAAGCAGCGUAAAGUCAAAUGCGAUGGGAAUCUGCCUUGUAGCUAUUGUAAAAGCCGCCGAGGGAACUUGAUUUGUCAUUUCUCUCCUGUAACUCGCCGACGGGCGAAAAGGCCACAUCUACCUUCACCCGAAUCUUCUACGGCCCAUUCAUCUAUUCCAUCAUCUACCAGGGCGGACGCAUCGCCCGGUAUUUCCGCUGCUCCAAUUCCUACGGCUGUACCACCUCGCAUAUCGGAUGAUUUCACCCGCCGUAGUGAUGUCUCCGCGGAGGAAGAAGCAGAUGUACCUCGGGAAGCACGGUUGUUAUGUGAUGCUCAGGGAAAGUUAAUUUUUGUCGGGGACUGUGCGCCGCUCUCACUUUUUCAGACCGUCCGUCAAAUUGUGACAUCUCGGAUAGAUCCGAACGCCUUCACCCCUCAGACAGGCCGAGUCUCGAUGUUAGAGAAUGCCUCUUCUCAUCCAUUAAUUCCGGUCAAUAAUAGGGAGCCGCCUGUGAAUAUCGCCAAUUCAGAGCGGAUAGUAUCAGUUUUUAUUUCAACCUGUGGGUUGGUUGACCUAUUCGACAAUGCUCACCUCACGGAUAACAUAUCGACGUGGAUCGCCGAGCAAACAACAUCAAAAGAUGCGGCGUCCUCUAUCAACUAUCUAAUCUUAGCUAUUGGAUCACAGUCUAUUGAUGAAGAAUCUUCCACCGCAUACUUUCAAUACGCCAAGACAUUGGCAUUAUCAUUGCUCGGAGGCGACUUAGGGAUUGAGACAGUUCAAGCUUUCGCUCUCAUAACUCUAUAUAUGCUCCGAGCAUGUCAAAUCAAUGGCGCAUUCCUUUUCUUUGGAAUUGCGGCUAGGGCAGCAUAUUCUAUUGGCCUACAUAGAACUGAAGUUAAUUCUCGAUUCGGACCGAAAGUACACGCUCACAGGGACAAUCUUUGGAAGAGUUUGCGAGUCUUGGAUCUGUUUCUCAGCAUAUCAAUGGGCCGACCACCAUCAAUGUCGGAUGUAGACUGCACUGUACCCUGUCGAACCUUAGAUUCCGACGGCCAAGAGCAAUUUGACCUCUUAAAUUCGACGGUACAGAUACUUUCUAUCACCGAAGAGAUAGUACUCCAAGUGUACUCUAGAAGGAAGAUUUCGCUUCAACUGACCGAAGGAAUUUCACGCCAACUUCGAGAUUGGUCAAAUAAGUGGCUUCCUCGGUUGAAAGUAGUCGUCGCCGAACCAUCGCGGGAAAAUGGAGCAAAUAUCACGGGUGCGUGUCAAGCCAUGUCUUCUUACUAUUAUGCCGUGAUGCUAGUCACGAGGCCCUUCCUCAUGUAUGAGUUGUGUAAACGCCUGCCAGAGAGCACUGCUACAAUCAAUACGCCCAGUAGCAGUAGUGACAACUCAGGUAGGGCAAGACUGGCGAAUGCGUGCAUUGACGCAGCAAGCUUAAUGGCCGAGUCGGUUUUGGAUCUCAUAAAUCAACAACUUUUAGACAGACGCAUGCCUCUAAUAGUUUCUUGGCUGUUCGCAUCGUCCUUGGUACUCGGCGUGGGCCUUCUUGGAGGUUUCGGACGCAUCCUAGAGAAAUAUGCCGAAAUGUCAAUUUCGGCGCUCGAGUAUUUCGCAGAAAACGACGCGCACGCCAUGCAGUAUUCACUUAUCGCCAAGUCUCUCCUUUCUAGCGCACUGAAAUACUUGGAAAGAAGGGAUAUCAACGAACGUCUUCGGAUUACUGAGAGUUCAUCACAAUUAUUCGGACUAAUGCCGAAGGAACGUCCACCUCGCGAAGAUCGCAUCCCAACAGAAACUACUCAGCCAGGCGCACCUGUCGCGGAUUCCGGUAUGCCGCAAAAUUUAUCAUCCCACGAGCUACUUUCUUCUCCUUUUCACGACAUCGACCCAGCACUUUUGUCCUUAGGUUGUUCCUUUGAUUCCACACCGGGCGCUCCUUUUCCAGGUAGAGAGCAGCAGGAUCAAACCGACCAGGUUUUCGGGGCACUCAAUUUGUUCCCCUUACUAGAUGGAAACGGCCACAUUGACCUCGCUCAUUAUCUCUGAGCCAAUCUUGUCUCUACCACGUUAACUACAUGAAUCUAGCGAAUUUUUGUGUUAUUAGCUGUGUGGGUAUGUGACAGGUAGAGUUAUAUUUCGAAGUUUCGGGUUCAACUUUUCAAUUAGAGCCAUGGAGAACACCAAUCUCUUCGACUGGCUAGCAUUCCAGGUGUACCUAAGUAACUUGAAUUGCUAAUUCGUUAUAUUAUUGCCGGUGUCUAGUUGUUACACAAUAUUCUUGCUUACCAAGAUAUAUGUCAAAAGACUGAGUUUGCUCCGAAUAUAUUCAUAAAUAAUAAAUCACCUAGGCACUCAUAUGCCAUGUUGCGUUUGUAGAACGAAUGCCAAUAAUUGAAUGGUGUGAAGC